UGGCUGUAGCCAAGCAACAACUCUAUUUUCUGGGCGUCAUUGACCGGAACCGUUGGCUGUAUGAAAGCCCCGGUCUUGAUAAGGCCAUCACUAGCUACGGUACAUCUCCGACUGCAAGAUGCUUUAUGGAACUAUUCUUGAUAACUAUCAUGUGGCCUCUUCUACUAAAGGAAUGUCUAAGGGGGAAACAGAAAAAGUGUGGAAACAAUUAUAUCCCAGUGAACCGUUUGAGUUGGAGAUAGGAAGAGCUCUUUCUUGCCAUGAACCUUCACAAACAUCUGCUCAGCACAUAAAGUGCAUGAGCAACGACUAUGACUUGGUUUCAGCGGUGAAGAGGCAAAGCUCAUUUUUCAUGAAGGUAUCAAGACCUCUAAUUUACAAUGAACUUUACCUUAAAGGGGCCGUGGAUAGAUACAAAGGAUUCUUGCAUCUAAUCAAACGAAAUGAAGAAAACUUUUGUUGUGUACCAACUCGUGACAUUGAUCUGAUAUGGCACACUCAUCAGUUACAUCCUGUUUCCUAUUGCAAAGACCUUAUGAAACUACUUGGCAAGGUUGCGGGUCACAAUGGCAGAGUAGAACAUAGUAAAUUGCAAAUAGGGUUCUCUACGACCACAAAGCUUUGGGAACGGACAUAUGGUCGUAGAUAUUAUAGAGAUGCUAAGAUGUACCGACGCAACUCAAUGUUACCUCUUGAAGAUUAUCAUGACCACCUCUCUCACCAUUACACUACAGUAAACAAAAAAAUCAGCACUACAGAUAUAGGAUUGUUACGUCUUCCCGAAACUGGGGAGGUUCUGGAGGUAAUGUUGGAGUCUAUUGGUUUAAAGAAUGUACCAGAGGAGGAGGAGGGGAGGAAGUUGUUUGUAGCAUUCAGUAAAGAAGGGUCAGAUCGAGUCUUCCAUGCAAAGGGAAGACUUGACAUUCCAUCGCCAUCGCCGAUGACAACUAUGAGCAAUGGUGGGGAAUAUCUAGUAACUUGCUUCCAAUGUGAACCUAGUGGGAAUUUGAUCUUUGAACUUAUGAGCGAACCAUGGAGCUCUAGCAAUAAUACUCUCCCACUAUCUCAUGAACCUCUUCAUGUGAAGAAGACUAUGGGUUCCUUUUCUGUCUCUUUAGGAGAGUUGUUAUCAGCAGCAAUGUCUUCUUCUUCUAAUAAUAAUAAUAAUAAGCUUGUGACUAUGGAGAAAUGGUUUCAAAUAGCAGUAGUUACUGCAGAUUCAAAUAGUUCUAUGAUCUCAAAGCCCAUCUUUUUGGGAAUUUCAAUCUCAGUUUCCAUGCCAACUAAGACACCAUAUGUGCUUCACAUGAUUCCGGCUUCUCCACGACCACCAAAAUCUAAAAGUUCUUCCCUUUUUCAUUUCAAUACUCUCAAGAAUCAACAUUGGACCCGCGUUGUGGACGAAUGUGGUAACCAGAUCAUCCACCUCCAAAUGAGUGGAUCCAAGUAUGUAUCCAAGGGAAAGUCAGAUUCUAUCUCAAAGGGGGAAGUCAUUGCUCUAACAAAUUUUGGGGAUAUAUUUACUUUGGCUGAGUUGAGAGGGAAAGAAUGGUCACUGGUAAAUUGUGAGUGGUCUAUUUGUUUCCCAAAAGCCACAGAUGAUGAGAAAGAUGAUGGUCACCUUUUGAAGAUGACUGGAGCUUCCCGAACUGUGUGUGCAUACGGGCUACAGUUGAGAAUGCUUAUGACUCUACAAGAGUACAAGCUAGCAGGACAUGCGUUCAGAUUAAGUUUUAUAGAGAACACAAAGAUUAAGGAAAAUGAGCUCUCAUUAGAGCACAUUUCUCUAGGGAUCUGUACCACCUUAAACGUUUUACAAAAAUUCUUAAUAUGCCAAGGAGGAUAGAAUUGGAGAAAAUUCUAAAUAUACUCAGUUUUUGAAACUUCGAUGCCAAAACACAGACUAUGGUUUAGGACUUUUGGAUAUGAAGAUACGGGUUUUUGGAAAGUUGUAAUUUAAAUGAAAUCGUAUUUAGAAC